CGCGGGUGAGAAUCCCAAUGCAGUACAUAACCAGCCGGGCCCUCCGCUUCGCGCACACUUGAGGCUCGUCCUGACUACAUCCAUAUUACCAAGCACUUCACCACACCGCGACCCAGGAUCCCCAUACUGGAUCCUUCUGGCAUUUUCGACCAACAGACCACCGCAAAGCUCAAUGUGCUGUCGACAGAUUCACCUUUCCUUCUCUGCCGCUGAGCUCUCCUCUCCCUACACUCACACUCGACAACGACACACAAACGGAAUCUGCGACCGGUGAGGUGGUGAUUCACAGUUGCGCGCGCGCCCGCCCCUCGUCCGCCGCCUCUUUUCCGCUCCCCCCAAAAAGGCGCAUCCGGUGCCGCCAUCACCGCGACCAUGAACUUCGCUCCCCAGUACCCCACGCCUCCCCCGGGCUACAUGCCCUACGACGGCUACCCGCACCGCCAGACGCCGCCAAUGUCGCCCGGCCCUGGCUAUUACUCUCCCCGCUACGGCGCCCAAGGAGCCUCGCCGUCGCCGCACGCCUCGCCCAAGGUCCAGGGCCACUCGCGCCGCGCGUCGCACGCUGUCCCGCCGCAGUACAACACCUACGCCUCGCCGCGCGGGGCCAACACGCCGCAGUACAUGUCGCCGCGCUACUACCAGACGCCACAGCGCACGCCCGAAUAUGUAAGUGGUUAUUUUGGUUACGCUCCAACGAGCCGGCAACGCCGCGACACGGACGCGACGCCUCUCAAACGUUCCAAUCGUGAGAAGGCUCGUCGUCCGUCGCUAUCAGCGCGCUACGUGCAACCCAAGGACGUCUAUGGCGACUUCGACCACGUCUACGAGCGAGAGCCACCGCCGCCGUACACUCGACACGCCUCGUACGGUUAUGCUGAUUACAACGUCCGCCACCAGGUCCCAAUCUAUGAAUCAGAGCCAAAGGCGAGCCGUCCACGACGUGCGUCUCACACCAGCCGUCCGCAGCCGCAGCCCACCGCCAACACCGCGGCGAAGCGGCCUGCACCGCCAACCAAGACGGCAGCAAAAGCAACCGAGGAAGACGCGCGCCGCGCCGGUAUCCCUGCUGGCUACUCGUACAAGAAUUGGGACCCUACCGAAGAGCCCAUCAUGUUGCUGGGCAGCGUCUUCGACGCAAACUCCCUCGGCAAGUGGAUCUACGACUGGACCGUCUUCCACUAUGGUCCAGCCACCCCUCUCGCCGAGAUGGCCGGCGAGCUCUGGCUUCUCCUCAUCCAGCUUGCUGGCAAAGUCAAGCGCGCCGAAGAGACCAUGCCCAAGAUUCGCAAGAAGGAGAACCAUGAGAUGGUCGAGGACUUCCUCGAGAGCGGCGAGCGUCUCUGGAUUCGCUUUGCCAAACUCCUCAAAGUGUGUGAGGACUACAUGUGGAAGGCCGCUAAGAAAGAGACGGGAGACAAGAAGCCUCUUGCUAUGGGCAAAAACAGCGGCUGCGAGUUCGUCGACUCCAUUUUUGGUCGCGAUCGUGAGCUCGAGAAGACCGAGAAGCUUAUGACUGGCAUGCGUCUUUGGUCCAUGCGUUUUGAUGCGAACUGCGAAGAGAUUCUUCGCCACCCCACGGCCUAGGCGCUUUUCGCUGGCCCUUGCUCUGCUUGAGACCAUGGUAUGGCCUCUUAUUGUUACUGCUUUUCCUUGCCUUUUGGUUUGUCUGCACUCAGUCUUUGCUCUUACUGCGAGAUACCCGUGCGUCAUUUUCUGGUUUAAUUGUAAUUCUGCACUGCAUUUUCUGGACGAUCCAAAUGUACUACUAGGAGGAAACUGCAUUGGGCGGGACCUGGGUCACCGGAAAAGUUUCUCUUUACGAUUCCCCCUUUCCAAUCGUUAUGGUCUUCACUGGUUUCCUUUCCGUCUGGCUGGCAUCAGAGUGGUUGACAUCACCACUGGGCAUGGUGUCUUUAGAUAUGGACUUAGAAGCGCGUUGGCGACCGCGAGGUCAAAAACGAUACCACACAUUUUUACCAAUAUAUUACCUAUUCACCCUA